AUGAGGAUUCUCUGUUUUCUGUCUCUCUGCUGUCUGUCUCUGUCUCUCUCUGUCUCUCUCUCUGUCUCUGUCUCUGGCUCUCUCUCUCUGUCUCUGUCUCUGUCUCUGUCUCCUGUCUCUGUCUCUCUGUCUCUGUCUCUGUCUCUCUCUCUCUGUCUCUGUCUGUCUGUCUCUGUCUCUAUCUCUGUCUCUCUCUCUCUGUCUCGCUCUCUCUCUCUCAGAAAUAUUAUGAUGGAGGGGUCGAUUUUAUUUUACCCAGCCGAGCGCUCGAGUCAAGGCACGAGCAACGCAGCAUCAGACUUGAGUGACUCGACUGCACCGCUUUCGCCUCGCCCAGAGAGCCCAAGUCUGACAGGCUUAUCUCAACAGAACCGCACAGAUCCAGUAGCGGAGUCACGCUCGCCCCUCGCGUCCUUCUCGCAAACCACCUCAAAUGAAGCGAGUUGGGGUCAGGCCAUGCAUCGCAUGCUUUUGCAGCGGCAACGCCUUGACCCCGUAUCCCGACGCAUGCGAGCAUGCGUCCGUUCGAUGCUACAUGAUAUUCCCAACGCUGUGACUGAGUACGAUUGCUUGUUCAGGCAGCCGGUGGUCGCUGAUGGAAGCGUUGCUGGUGUUCCCCUAACCCAAAUUUGUUUUUAUACCACGCCACGAAGAGGGUUUGAUAUGCCCGGUCUCUUGGGAAUCGAGGAAAUGAUCGAAGACGAUGAAAAGCACUGGAGACCAUUACUGGAGAGCAUAGUAGAUAGUGCAUCACCCAUGCAUCCAUUUGGGCCCGUUUUAAUCAGUAUCAUUAUCGAUGCAGCUCCACUUCCUUCCAUGAAUUGUGUGAGCACGUACAUCACGCCUACGCUCGACCGCCUCGUCGCGGCUGCGAACAACCCUGCCACCGUUUGCCUUGUAUGGGCUGGACUCGCAGACCGCUUACCAGGCCGCGUGGCCGAACUACUCCUGUCGGAACAAGCGUUGUCCUUUCUCAAGACGCAUCUCGAAGUGCGAGAUGAGAGGCUACUGAUGAACACUCACGUGGCCCUUUUGGCCUGUGAGAUGUUUGCACGAACCAAAGCCACCCAGGUCAAAUUGACUAAAGCCGGCCUCCCAGAGACUUGCGCUCGAGACAGUGGCAUGAACUUUGUACUCGAGCCUCGUGACACCUUUUUUUUUUUUUUGUGUGUGUGUGUGUGUGUGUGUGUGUGUGUGUGUGUGUGUGUGUGUGUGUGUGUGUGUGUGUGUGUGUGUGUGUGUGUGUGUGUGUGUCUCUGUGCCGCGUUGGAGGAGCAGCACUACCGCAUGGACGCAAGCACGUCCGACGAUCGACUUGAGACAGCCUUUCUUAAAGUACAAAUUGGCUUCAAUGCAGCCUGGCUGCUGGACAACGUCCUGCCGCUUCCGAGCCGUGAAUAUGCAACCAAACGUGUAGAUCUGAAAACAGUCAACGUGAUGCUUGAUUACAAAGAUGCCACUGCUGCAACAGUGUCAACACGGCAGAGUGGAACUUGGUACUAUGAGGUGCUUUUGCUGACGGACGGCAUUAUGCAAGUGGGCUGGGCUAGCCAACAGUGUCGCUACCAAGCUGCUGAGGGGUUUGGCAUUGGAGACGACGAGUUUUCCUUCAGCUUUGACGGCGCUCGACAGCUGCUGUGGCAUGAUGCACAGCCGCAGGCUUGCCCAUUGCGCCGCUGGCGUAAAGGCGACGUGGUUGGAUGCUACGUGGAUGUCGAGCGACAGAUGAUGCGCUUCAGCGUGGGUGGGGCCCAUACCGAAUGGAUGCGCUUACCUGAGACCAUCGACGCCAGCUACGGUCUCUAUCCUGCCAUUAGCCUCAUGACCGCGCAGCAUGUGAGCUUCAAUUUUGGACACCGUCCUUAUCGUCACUUGGACCCGAUUCUUGGUGACAAAGUUAUAUCUUUGAAUCGCAUUCACCAUGGCAACGAGCGCAUCGUCUCUCGCCUUGAAGCAUUGGACGAAAGAAACAGGGAACUGGAGGAUGACUUACUUGUGGAUUUAUGUACCAUCUGCUACGCCAACGUUCCGGAUGUUAUUCAUCGUCCCUGUGACCAUGCGGGCUUUUGUCUGACUUGCUCGCUUCAGGUUGAAAGCUGCCCGCUCUGCCGCAGGUCGAUUGAGACCCGUGACCCUCAGUCGAGUACAUCGCAUAGCGAAGAGCCUGCCAUGUUGCCACAAUAG